GACAAAUUUUGGACUAAGGAUGGCGAAGUUGACAAACUAUGGAAAGAACUGGCAAAGGAAAUGACAGAGAAAGGCAAGGAGGGUAAAGAAAGUCAUUGUGGGACAAUGGAUGAUGGCAGUGCCACCAGUGGCACUGGUGCCACUGGCACUAGUGGCAGGCCUGCCACCAAACCUGAAAGGAAGGCAUGCAAUUAUUUGCAUGCCGGCUUAACUAAACUGUACGACAGUUCGACGACGGUGACGCUGGCGUCGCCGUCGUCGUCAGGCAACGACGAGAAAAUCCUGGAUAAGAACCCACUGUUAAGACAAACAGUGGGUUGUUUCCUUCUUAAAGAAUAUGGAAAACAACUGCAGAAGACCUCCACAUGCGUCAUUGAUUCUGGUAUAGAGAAAGCAUUCAGGAAAUGGAAUGAAGAUAAUAAAUCUAAAUGCAAUGGCAGUGGCGCGGAACCUUGUUUUCCGUGCGAAUGGAAAGAGAAGGACUAUGACGACUGCAAAGUUACCACAAAUGGCACAACCCAAACUCCAGUAACGGACAAAUUAUCACCAGUUCAGGGCAACAUUACCCGCAUCUCAAAUUUCAACCUAAAGUACAUAAAUGAUAUGUCCACUUUAUGCGAUUACAUUAGAUGCGCCGGACCCAAAUGGUUCAAAAACGAAGCAACCGCAAACGGGGGAAAUUCUAAUCAGACUUGGUGUGAGUUCUGGAAUGAUGGCGUCAAACCGACAUUGCAGGCAAUGUUUAACCACAUCGAGGAUGAAGGGAAGACCAACACGAAUUACGUAACAUGCCGUGGCUUUGGUGAUGGUAAUCCACUUAGUGUCGAAAGAAAAGCUUGUAAUUAUAUCGCGGAGGGACUGAAAUACAUUAAAGAGAUUCCAAAUGGUACUACUGCCAAGCAGCCUAAUGGUAAUGACAACGUACUGCUCGCUCGAGCAGUUGGUUGUAUUGCUCUUAACAUGUACGCAAAUAGAAUAAUGACAUUUACGCAGAACAGUUGUCCCAUUGAUGAGGAAAGAAUAAAAAAAAUGUUCGAUGAUUGGAAUGCAAUUAAUAAUAAUUCGUGCUCAAACUCUGGUCUUGGUAAUAAUAAUAAUAAUAAUGUUUGUUUUAAAUGUGAUAGGAUACAGAACUCAGAUUUUGGUGGUUGCCACCUGAGCGUCGCAGACGCUCUGGUGGCAUCACAACAGAAAAGUGGAAGUUGCCCUUCUAACGGAGAACAUAAAAAAGUCCAUGAUCAAAUGAAAAAACUCCUCGAAAAGGACACCACCAUCAAAAUGAAACCAACAUUGGACGAAAUCAAUAAAAUGGACAAUUUCUGUACUAAAAUGCAAUGUGCAGCAAAACAAUACCACACCAAAUCAUUAGGGAAAAGUGGGGCAGAACCCGUAACUUGGGAUGAAAUAAAGGGUGUUGUUGAUAAGGAAUUAAAGGACCUUCUAAAUAAAAUUACGAAUGAAGAGAAAUGGGAAGAGGUUGAUUCAUACUGCAAUGACAACAUCAAAAGUAAUGGCGACACACCAGGAGAAAUAACUGCUAAGAAAAAAGCUUGUAAGCUUUUUGCUUUAGGUUUAAAACACAUUUCUGAUAUUAAAGACAAGAACAAAGACAACAUGGAUGUUGUACCACUUAAACAAACUAUGAUGUGCGCAGCACUUAAUCUUUAUGCUGAUCAAUUAAUAGAAAAAUCAACAGAUCAAUGUCCUCUCGAUAAUACAAAAUUGAAGGAGGCAAUAGAACACGCCUUUAAGAAUAGUAAUGCCACUAUGAAGAAUGGAGCAAAUUCAUGCCCAGCUAGUACUAAGGGUCCUAAUUUUUGUUUUGUUUGCAAUAGGCAAGACAAAAGCACUUUUCCCGAUUGUAAAAUUGGCAAAGACGAAAUAAAGGACAAAAUGACCAAACUCAUCACAGAAAACGACAACAACACCAAAUCCAAGCCCAAAUCCAAAACCAACAACACUCCUAACAUGGACGAAACACUAGACAAAAUAAAUAAAAUAGAAACUUUCUGUACUCAAGUCCAAUGUGCAAUCAAACAAAAACUAAGGAGCCAAAAUAAACUUAAAAAUGGAACAGAACCAUCUUGGGAUGCCCUGAAGACUGAAAUCGAGACGGAAUUAAAAGAACUCUUAGCACAUAUGUCGCGGAAAGAGAGUCAGGCUGAAGUUAUCCAAUACUGCAAUGACGACGCUAAUUGGAGUAAACUUGGCCAUAAAGAAAAACAUACAAAUAAAGCAGCUUGUUUACUUUUUGCUUCAGGGUUAAAGCACAUUUAUACCCAUAUUAAUGACCAAAAGAAGGACCCAUCGUUUGAACAAACGAUGGGUUGUUUAUUCCUUAAGGAAUAUGCAAAACAAUUGAAAAAAAUGGCAGAAGAACAAAAAAAGUAUAAGGUACAUCCUAAUUGUAGCGUAGAUUCGGGCAUAGAUUACGCUUUCAAUCAAAGUAAUGCCAUUAUGGAGAAAGCAAAGCCUCCAUGCGAGAAGAAUGUUCCUAAUUCUUGUUUUGAGUGCACACAAAAGGACGAUUAUGGAACUUGCUUCAUUGGCGCUGAGAAAGUACGAGGCAAAGUUGAACCUUUGUUCAAAGACAAUGACCAAAACAAAAAGCAUAUGGAAGAAACAUUAGAGAAUACAGUCUGUCCCAUCCUUAUUACGGAUCUCCUUACCCCUUUUCUUCCUUUGGCUCCUGUCUCUAUUGGUCUUUCUGCUAUGGCUUAUUACCUUUGGAAGUAUUUUGGUCCUCUUGGUAAAGGAGGAGCACGUUUCAGAAGAUCUCCUGCUGAAAUUCCUGGUCCAUCGGUACAGGAACAAGUCCUUGAUCAUGUGCAGCCAGAUAGUUCACAUGAAUAUCGAUUAGUGAAAGAACGAAAACCUCCAUCUGCUCCAACGAGAACAAAACGUUCUGGUCGCGUGAAUCGUCGAACGAUUAUUGAAAUUCAUUUUGAAGUGUUGGAUGAAUGUCAAAAAGGCGACACACAAUUGAACCAGAAGGAUUUUCUGGAACUUUUGGUUCAAGAAUUCAUGGGAUCCGAAUUUAUGGAAGAAGAACAGGUUCCUAAGGAAAAUGUUCCUAAGGAAGAUGUUCUUAUGGAAGGUGUUCCUUUGGAACUUGUUCCUAUUGAAGAGGUUCCAAGUUUAGGUUCCGGCUUUAUGGUUUAA